AAGGGGUUGGGUGAAUCUAUAAGCAAUGUCGCUUAUAGGAUUCCACGGGAUAUAAGACACUCCUUCCAGCAUAGACUUCCGGUUUCUAGAUACAUAACUUCGCCGUGCAAACUUAUCUUGCGUGAUGAUUUGUGUGCUAGAAGGGCGCGUCAAAAUCCUCUCCGACCUUAUAUGACUUGGACUGGUUACCACAUCCCUCAUCCAGUCUUCGAUUCAUUCAAUACCCUGAUGCUCCUUCCCCUAUACGAUAAUGAUGGUAGGGUUUUUUUCUAAUUCCCGGGUUUUUUUUCUAAUUCCCGGCAAAGCCAUUCUAAUUUUCAUCAUUUGUUGGAUGGAUUUAAUGAAUACUCCAAAAGUUCUUGUGCUGAUUUGACUAAAACAUACUUACCUUCCGAUCCGCGAACUUUGAAAUCACUGAAAAGCGACUAUUAAGGCAUAUUAUUGAAAUUACGCAACUGACUUUAUUUCUAAAAUUCGUCAUACCGUUUUAAAAUCCGUCCAUCAAAAUUUUUCAUCGUCCGAACUAAAAAUCACAACAAUGUUUACGAAGCUAACGCGCAUGUAUUUGUGUAGGACGGCAUGACAAAUAUUAUUCUACAAAAUUUCUGCAGGUCAGCCAAGUUUUCCUGGCUGUAGAAUAACGACAAUGCCUUGCGUGAGUUAUUUUCAUUUGUGAAUGACGAAAAUUAAAACGAUUAGUCGACAUUGUCUUCUUCGUCGCACGAAAAAACGUAGGAAAUUUGGCUGGUAGGACUUCUUUAAUGAUAAAAAGCAUUUAAAUAGAUCUCAGCUCAUUUUGAUUAAUCGCUUGUGAUAGACAACAGACUAAAAUAUUAGGGAAUAACUAGUUUUGCAUUGUGUGUUAUAAAAAUGCUGUUAUUUUUAAUAAUUUGUGUUGGAUAGGACGGCAAUAGGCAAUUACGACGAUGUAGCAACAUACCCUAUAUGGCAAUGUAAUAAAAUAUGUGUUAUAUGAAUGUACAUUAUAUGAAGAUAUAUAGACAAAAACUGAACAAUCUCACCAGCAGUCCUUCGAAUGGAAUAGAGUUGCAUCAUUUGAGUUUACAUGAGUGCUUCCAUUAUUAAUUUAAUUUUUCUUCUGGUAUCCAUAAGCAUUAUUUAAACUUUCUUCGGCCCGAGUUUUCACUGUACAGUAGGAGGUGCUUGCUCCAUGAGCUAAAACGAAACAAAUCAUGAAAAUAACCUAUGUUAAGCUUACCUACUAACAAGGUCGUGUUGCUCAGCCGUCAUCCAAACCCGCAGUUUUGAGAUCAGGCAGGCGGGAACCACCCAUCAUCGCACCUCCUAGCUUGGCUACUCAAUAGAGUAUUACCAGGUAAGGCCACGUGGAGGCGCUAGGUUAGGGCUUGGGAUGGCUGGAGCUAUGUUGGACGCUUCCUCAUUUGCCUUCCCCAUUUCAUACCCCAGCAUUUUGGGUAAGGUAAAGUAGGCCCAAACUCCCGCUUGAAUGCGCCGCUUCUCUCCCUAAUAGUGUUGUUGUAUGUGGACACCAGUGAUCCCAAAUAUACAAACUCAUCUACCAAUUCUAGUUCAUCGCCAUCAACGGUUACCCACCUUGGAAAGCGCACGUUUGUUUGCCUUCUUUGAGCCUCUUGUAUUUGAUCCUUGACGCAAUAAUUUUUACCCCAAUCCUUCUAGACUCUGCUUGCAGUUUGGCGUAGAUUACCUCCGCUGCACCAUCGCUAAGCUCCAGGUUUUGAUGUCAAAAUCAUCUGCGAUGCCUAAGAGUUAACUAUUUGUACUGAAAAUCGAGCCGUCGUGCUUCAAAAAGUUGAGGGAGAAGCUGUCUACGUAAAACAACAUCUCGUGAUUGGUUCUAACGUUUCAAAGAGAAUGAUUUAACGGUAAUGUUAACGUCCGCGUAAAGGAAAGACGCGGAAUUGCAGGCAUUAUUCGAUAAGUGUCAAAGGUUAAAAGAGCUUGCUUCAAUAUCAGGAGUUACCCGUCAAGCCUGCGCUGGGAAUAAUUGGAGGAUUCAAAACAAAGAACUUGAGCUGCAUUCGAUUUGAAGCCCAGAAGGGUCGAGUGUCGUUUUUUACCUGUGAACAAAUGCUCCAGCGGCAAAAAGAAGGGUUUUUCGAUCGCAUCGUGUGAAUUGUCAAAUGCGCGUUGUAGAAAAAAGGGUCUAGGACUUGUGCAAUAAAAUUGGUAGGAGUGUCAUUCGUUGUUCCAAUUAUUGAUACAAAUUAAUCGGCAAUUUGUGUUAUAAAGCCCCAAAUUUAUUCACUUAAUAAUUUGACAAGAAAAUCGUUUGGUGAAGGCGAAAUUGGGACACAAAAUUGAUAAAAAUUAUAUCAUGGAUCGAUGGAUAAUGAAAUUGUAUAGCGAAAUUAGUUAUUAUCAAAUUAUAUUUAACAUAAUAAACCGUCGAGAAAAGGUACAAUAAUUGGGUAGUUUGCAAUAAUUGACAAAUUACUCUAAUUCCAUGUACGACGUUAACAAUGAUAGUCAUUAUUUAGAUAAUCUCCCAUCUUAUUUCGUAUUCUAUCCGCUUCCUUAAUCUUUAAGCCGUAACCGCUAACGCACUAUGUAUGUCAUGACAUGUCGCUCUAUGUUCAUCUUUUCAUGGCUACGCUCGUAGUUUUGUGACUCUCACGGAUUAACUGUCAAAUUGACGCUGACGGAUGCGUUAACGCAGCAUUCUGUUUAGCCCAUAAUGCAAUCUUUGCCCAAAACGGCCCUUCGAAAACCAAUCAUUGUGUUUGCGAUGAUGGCUACUAGGACGGUCAAUAAAAAAUUGAGAUUACCCAAUAUCGAACCAAUAGCAAAUAUUAAAUUGAAAAUCAAUGAGAAAACUUAAACUAGCCAAUAAAUAAAAAAAAUAGCGAAAAAAAUAUGAAAAAAUUAGUCUUUCCAGUGAACUAAGCUAACGAAACAAUUAGAUUGAUGAUUUCCUGACCGGUUAACACCGAGAAAGCCUCACACAACUGUAAAUUCAUUGAUUAGAUAAAAGUUCGCUACGUAAAAUACAGAUAAUAACAAGAAACACUUUCUGUCUAAAUGAAUUUGCAAAGCAAUCCAAGCACCAGCAAAUCAGUCGUGAAUAACCUGUGUUCGCUACAUCAUCUACCAGAAGAAAACGAUGGCAUUUUGUGAUAAUGCAACAGUUCGUAAAGCUGUUAAGGAAGAUCUAGGUGCUAUUAUUGAGAUGAUACAAGAACUGGCCGAUUUUGAAGGCAUGUCCGACGGCCCAACUCUAACGGUUCAAGACCUGGUACGUGAUGGAGGAUUUGAUGAUGAUGGAGCAUCUGCGCCUGCCGUUCCAAUAUUUCACAGCUUUGUACUCGAACUGACGGAACAAGUCCAAACCGGGGAUAAUGAAGAAAAAAUAACGUCAUUCUCAUCUAAUGGUGAACUUUUGACCUGCACCAGAUUAAUUGGGUACGCAAUCUGCUUCUACUCAUACUCGACAUGGCAGGGUAAAUCCUUUUUUCUAGAAGACAUAUACGUAAAACCAAACUAUCGCAAGCGAGGCUACGGAGAGUUGCUGUUCAAAACGCUGAUUCGACAUGCGCGGGAAAAUGAUUGCGCCCGGUUCGACUUUCAUGUGCUAGCCUGGAAUCCUGCAAAGCAAUUCUACAAUCGUAUGGGCGCCGAAAAUUUAACCGAGAGCGAACGAUGGGAAUUCUACCGCUUGUCACGGGAAAAAAUGGAUGCACUUAUCAAGAGUCAAUCUUGAAUGGCAGUGCACAACGGCAAACAAUGUGAUAUGAUAUAAUGAAUAGAAACUGUCGAAACUCUUAAGGAAAUAGAUAAACAUCCUCAUAACUACGAACUCAAUUAAUUGAAAGCGAAAAACUUCUAAUUUUUCUUCCAUUAUUUAAGACGCCACAAUAGUUUUAAUAGAAUUUAUAGUAUAUCACAAUACUAUCUUAAAUCUGUAUUCCAAAAACAAACU